AUUGAAGUUGAUCACUUACCAAACACCCUUGCCUCUACUGUUGUAAGGCACACCACAGCACACUUUUCGCGUUAUGGGAUCCCUGAAAUAUGCCAUACAGACAAUGGACCACAGUUCAUCAGCAAUGAGUUCAAGAAUUUCGCCAAACAAUAUGGCUUCCACCAUACUCGCUCUGCUCCAUAUUACCCAAAAGGGAAUGGACGUGCUGAAGCUGCAGUCAAAGCUGCAAAAAACAUGCUCAAAAAGUCUCAAGACUUCCAAAUAGCGCUUCUAAACUACAGAAAUACUCCGCAACAGGGACACUUGAGUUCCCCUGCACAAAGAAUGAUGAACCGAAGAACCCGAACUAUGCUACCAACCUCAAAGUCUGCACUUUUACCAUCACCCAUAGACGUAGCCAAUACAACACAACAGAUAAUUGACAAACGAAGAACAGCCAAGGAAAUAUACGACCGUCAUUCAGGACCGGUUCACGACAAACCAGACGUUGGCACAUACGCAUAUGCUAAACCACCUCCACAAAAACGGGGACAACCAUGGACGUGUGGACGAAUAAUCAGAAAAAAUGACAUGUCGUAUACCUUGCAAACACCACAGAAUACCAUUAUCACAAGAAACCGGGUUCACAUCAAACCAGCGGCAGCACCAUCCAGGCCACUGAGCAUACAUAAAACUGUCAUCGUACAACCUCAACAUACCACAGUCAAACCACUGUUGGAUCAAAUAACACCUGCACACAAUCAAGCACCUAUAACCCAUGUAGCACGACCUCUUCCAUCUGAACGACCACGCAGCAGUCCACAAGCAAAGCAAGCCUCAAUCGAAGAUUCGUCCAUGACACCAAUAAGGCCACAGAGAACAACUAAAUUACCAACUCGCUUUAAGGACUAUGUCAUGUCGUAAAGAAAAAUAGGACAGUACUUGAUCAAAAGGCCAUCGUUUUAUUGACUCAGACUCACUUUUCUUUUGUUAAUUUUUUUUUCGGUAGGGAGGUGUUGCACUAUACCACUAUUACGGCUACCAUUUUGAUAUAUAAUAGUUUGUUUAUAUAUAUGUCGGUCACGGCAAUUCGGUAACACGUUUGUAGUACGAAUUAAGAUGGCGUCUAGUUUCUCAUCCUUCUAAGUUGUAACUCAGCCACAGACAUUUAUUGGGCUUUUUUUUCAAGGUUUUUAUCUGUAGCUAACCACCCCGAAAAGCGUAGCCCGUCCGAAACCACCCGAAAUGCAACGUACGCGAGCUCAUUGUUCUCAUUUAAAUUUUGUUGGGAAGAUGGAAGGUGCUAUUUGUCGUUGUACUUUCAGUUUAUUGUUUGUGGAAUUUUAUUACAGCUAUUUAUGGAAUGAUAUAAAAAACAGUUCUUUUCACAGUUCUUCCACUACCAUUGCUCGGCAUUACAAGAAUAAAUUAUAUAUAUAUACAUGGUAAUAAAUGUUUAAAAAAGUGUUCUCUCGGUUUGAUUCUGGUUUCUCCGGGUGAAAUUUUAAGGGUUUUUUUUAAACCCCAGAAGUCGUCAGCAGCCAUGUGGUUUUUGCUGCGUUUCCGGCGAGUCGGCAACCUUGUUCAAUUGGUAGCCAAAAUAUUUGAUGUUUUAUGAAGAAAUAGUAACACAAAUCAACUGCAGUGAGAAUGUUUUGCAGCUGAAUAACUCUUAUAAAAUUUGAAACUUUAAAAUUCUAUUCUAAUAAUCAUACGCUAUGGCCUAAUUAAUUAGUUAAUGCAAAGAUUUUUAGUCCUGCAAAGCAAAGUACACAAACUUUGCUCCAACAAAAAUGAAAAAGCAAGUAUCAGAAAAAGAUGGCACGAAUAGACAUCACCUAAAUAGGACAUGCUCGCCUGGUACCUUUAUUUGAAUUUUUGACUCAAGUAGCACUGGCAAAAUUACUAUUGUAUAUAUAUAUAUAUAUUGUGUAAAUUCUGUUCAUAAAGAAUAGUGAUAGAUAGUGAUGUGGACAAGUUUGCUUAGAAUAAAGUGCCCUUUGAAAUCAGCCUUAUUUCUCAAAAGUAUAUGGUGUGUACGUGUGGCCAAUAUUAGCAUCAGAACUAAACAAAAAGCAUAGCAUAAUGCUGCAAAUAAUAAAAUCAUUCUUUUUUAGGUGGCUGGCUAACUUCUUUCACAUAGUACUCAAUGUGCUUCUACUUGGAAAAAUAAUUUAUAGAUAAUGUUUGCAAUUGUUAUAAUAAUUUUGUAAGAAAUCUUAAGUAUAUAUAUGUACACACUAAAAAUAAAAUUACUAAUUGACCGAAACUUUUUGAUUAAUCAUGUAAUGCUAAUCGAAAAAGGUGAUGCUAAUUAAAAAACGAACUGUCAAGUUGACUGUCAGUGACUUUUACAAACGAAGGGACUCCCCCGAGAUUAUGCAACGUAAUAAUAUUGUUUGCCUAGAGCAUAAC